ACGCCACCGGUACGCUCCGGCCUCCCCGCUUCGCUCUGCCGCCGCAGUUCCGCCGGAGAAGGCGCCCGACGGCGAGAGCGGCAGCGGGGCAGCAGGAAGUGAGGGGCCGCUGCGCUCCGCUCGCCGUGUUAUGCGAGAGCGCUCCCGCGGCAGGGGCCGACGAGAGGCGGGCGGCAGCUGCAGGAGCGCGGGCGGGGCGGCGGCUCCCCGGAGAGAGCGGCGGGGGGUCCCGGCGGCGGGCGGCGGGCGCAGGCUGGCGAUGGAGGAAGGGGCAGCAGACCUGCGACAGAGGAAGAAGCAAAACUGCACAGAAUCUGACAAAAUGGCUCCAGAGGAGAGAAACAAAGAAAACUCAAAGCUGGGAAGGUUGCCAAAAUAUAUGUUAAUUCAGCGAUUUGCGAAACUUUUCUUUGGCUGUCUUGCGGCAGUUACUAGUGGGAUGAUGUAUGCUGUGUACCUCUCAACCUAUCACGAACGGAAAUUCUGGUUUUCCAGCAGGCAGGAACUUGAACGAGAAAUUACAUUUCAGGGUGACAGCGCCAUUUAUUACUCAUUCUAUAAAGAACUGCUAAAGGCUCCUUCCUUUGAAAGAGGUGUUUAUGAGUUGACACACAACAAUAAGACAAUAUCACUGAAGACGAUAAAUGCAGUCCAGCAAAUGACUUUGUACCCAGAGUUGAUUGCCAGUGUUUUAUAUCAAGCAUCUGGUAGCGAAGAAGUUAUUGAACCAGUGUAUUUCUACAUUGGUAUAGUUUUUGGACUGCAGGGAAUUUAUGUGACUGCAUUGUUUGUAACCAGUUGGGUUAUGAGUGGGACUUGGCUGGCAGGAAUGCUGACUGUAGCAUGGUUCAUUAUUAACAGGACAGAUACAACAAGAAUUGAUUACUCCAUACCCUCAAGGGAAAACUGGGCUUUGCCAUAUUUUGCAUGUCAAGUAGCAGCUCUCACAGGCUAUUUAAAAAAAAACCUAAAUUGUUCUGCUGAGAAGUUUUGUUACCUUUUGGUGAGUGCUUCAACAUACACCUUCGUGAUGAUGUGGGAAUACAGCCAUUAUCUCCUGUUUGUCCAGGCUGUUUCUCUUUUUCUGCUAGACAGCUUUGCCCUGGCACAGACAGAAAAGGUGCAUGAAGUAUACAAAAUCUACUUGUUUUCUCUCUGCGUGGGAUACCUCUUGCAGUUUGAAAAUUCAGCCUUACUAGUGUCACCAUUACUGAGUCUUGUAGCAGCUUUAAUGCUCUCUAAAUGCCUUCAGAUGAAUGUGAAAAAAGGUACAUUUAUGUCAAGAUUGAUGAAAAUAAUGUACAUUUAUUUGGUACUCAUGAUAACAGUGACACUAAACUUCUUACUAAAGAUGUUUGUUCCUCAUAAAGAAAACGAGCAUUUGCUGAAGUUCAUUGAAGUAAAACUUGGCUUAAACACAACUAAGAAUUUUACAAUGAAUUGGCUCCUUUGUCAAGAAUCUCUUCAGGCACCCUCCCAAGACUUUUUUUUGCGACUAACACAGUCAUCACUGUUGCCUUUCUAUAUUUUAGUAUUAAUUAUCUGCCUUUUUUCUGUAACUCAGGUCAUUUUUAGGAGAAUUUGUGGUGAACCACUGAAAGAGACAGUUAAACUUGAGGAUGGUCGAAUUGGAGAGAGGCCAGAAAUAGUUUAUCAUGUAAUUCACACAAUUUUACUUGGUUGUCUAGCGAUGUGUUUGGAAGGAAUGAAGUAUUUAUGGACGCCGUAUGUUUGCAUGCUUGCUGCAUUUGGUGUGUGCUCUCCUGAACUUUGGAUGACACUUUUCAAGUGGCUUCGACUGAAAGCUGUGCACCCAAUAUUGCUGGCUCUUAUUCUGAGUAUGGCAGUUCCCACAAUAAUUGGAUUCAGCUUGUGGAAAGAGUUUUUCCCUAGGAUAAUGACAGAGCUUUCAGAACUACAAGAAUUCUAUGAUCCUGAUACAGUAGAACUUAUGACAUGGAUAAAGCGACAGGCUCCUGUGGCUGCUGUGUUUGCAGGCAGCCCACAGUUGAUGGGUGUGAUUAAGCUCUGUACCGGAUGGAUGGUGUCAAGCUUGCCUUUGUAUAAUGAUGCUGAUCUGCUGAAAAGAAAUGAAAAUAUUUAUCAGAUCUAUUCAAAGAGGUCAGCAGAGGAUAUUUAUAAGAUACUCACAUCUUACAAAGCCAAUUUUCUGAUUAUUGAAGAUUCAAUUUGCAAUGAAGUGGGACCUGUAAGAGGAUGUAGAGUUAAAGAUCUGUUGGACAUUGCUAAUGGUCAUGUGGUUUGUGAGGAAGGAGACAGCUAUGCCGACUCAAAAUAUGGACGAUUUUGUCAUGAAAUCAAAAUGAACUAUUCUCCAUAUGUUAAUUAUUUUACUCGAGUAUACUGGAAUAGAUCCUACUUUGUAUAUAAAAUCAACACUGUGAUAUCCUUCCAGUCAUGAAAAAGCAUGCAGGCUUCUUUCUGAGGAUUGAUUGAGAAUGGAAUUCAGUUGGAAGAGUACCUUUUGAUCAAGGGAGUUAUUUUUGCAGAUACAUGUGCGUAUAUGCAGUGUAUUGACAACUUUAUUUUACCAAACUGGAGUUCUUUGAACUGCAGAUCAGCAGACACAGAUAUCAUCCUUGAAGGAAACAGGAAAACUUGUCAAUUUUACAGUCUCUGCAAAGUGUGACAGUCUUCCAGGUUUUUGCAUUUUCUUUGCAUUAUAAAUCAUCUUCAUGUAAAUGAGAUUUCUAACUUUAGUGUUAGAGAGCUGAUGUGGAUAGACUUCAGUAAAUGCAGAAAAGUUAUUUAAAGAGCUCAUUUAAGAUGUACAGCUUUUAUUUUCUAGUAAGAAAGCAGUCGGUAUCCUGAGUCUUUUCAAGUAAGUGUUUUGGGGUUUUUGGUUUUUUAAUUCUUCCACUGUAAGCAUUUCUGUGUUUAUCAAACACACAUUCAUGCAUUGUAUGUGUAGCUGUCGCAUUUAUAUAAAUCAAAUGAGGAAGAUUUUGUUUAAACUGCACUUCCUUAGAUUAAGGCACUGAUCUCUACAUUGUUAGAGACAUGUAGAAGGCAUGGUGGAAGUGCUUGGACUUAUACCUAGCAGUAGGAGUUGACCAGGUCAGAUAUUCAGUAUGGAAAGAACUUGUCUUCAGGAUUUUUCCAUGCUUAAGUGUGUAUGUAUGUAUGCAUAUAUGUGUCUCAGCACCUAUAAGAAUGGGCCAGUAUAGAACAGUAUGCCAUACUUGCUUUUAGACAAGUGUAGGAGGACAACUAGGUUUGCUACUGAGACUUCUGCACUUCUGUUUCACCCCCUCUGCCUGCGUGCUGGCACCUCUGUGUGUGUGUGUGUGUGUGUGUGUGUGUGUGUGUGUGUGUGUAGGGAUGGGUGAUACUCAUUUCAUUCAACUUAUUAUAACUACAUAAGAUAUUGCUGUAACUAUGACUUAAAACACUAUAAUCACCACCAUUAAUACAUAAUGGUACAGUUUUUCAUAGCUAUUUUUAUACCAAUUAUGCAACUACACUGAGAUCUUCUAAAAUUUGGGAAAGUACUCUGUAAUCUUGUUUCCCUCUAAAAUUUGUCUUCCUCAUAUGACUCCCUUUGCAUCUACAACUAUUUUUCUUAACAUAUUAUGUGUUCAUCAUGUUUCUUGCUGGCUGAUAUGCUUUCAAGAGAAAAUGAUGCUUUAAUUACAACUCUGGGCCUAAUCCUCAUGUUGUAAGUGGAAAAUCCACUAAAAGGUAACAAUAGCUUUGUUUACAUAGGUGUAGCUGGACAAAAAGCCAGGACGUAAGUUUUGGAAGAGGUUAUUCACCUACUAGGAAUUACCUGCAGUUAUGGAUUCAUGUAACACCUGGCCCAGAGACCAGUCUGUCAAACAUGUGCAAAUGUUUCUUUGGAGCCCAGAUAUCUGUAGUCAAGGGUCUGGCACAAUAGGAUGAACCUUCAACUGAAGAAUCUGCAAACCAUUCUGCAAAGGAAAGCUGCAAAAUUAUCCUUGCCACGCUUGUUGAUGAAAGGCAAACUCAGAGAUUUUAACUCUGAAAUUAUUAGGAACUGCAGCAUGUUGGUGAUGUGGGUGAUUCUUUUCUGCUCUAUGCAGAUGCAUUUGCUUACUUUACACUAACAGGUAGUGCUGAGAUGUUUUAAAACCUGUUAUCACUAUUGGAGUGAUAUAAAAGAAAAACCUUUAUUGUUAUCAAAGUCAACAUGUCUGUAAUCUGUUUUCUACAUUCAGUUACAUUUUUAGGCCUCUGAGUCUUGAAAAGAUGUUAAAUUAUGUAUUUUAUUGGAAACCAAUGAUCAGGGAAAUCCACAGAAUAUACUGGGAUAGUCAUUGAGAGAGACCUUCAUCAGUAUAACUGAGUUACAAAUUAAAAGUAAAUAUCCUUUCUCGGGAUGCAGUCGUGUUGAGGACAGUGUGCAUGUGUGUCUGUAGCCAAAUGCAGUCUGCAUUUGUUUGCUUACGGACAAGUGCAUAUGUUUUACUGAACUGGACUUUUCAAUUACCAUAUAAGAACAGAAGGUAUGGCAGGCCUGCAGGAGCCUUCUCUCUAUGUGCUAGUAUGGAAGUAAAUGUAGUAUUUGAAAGUAAGAUUAGCAUUCCUUAUACAGUUUUAAGUUUGUUUGAAUUGCUGUUACAUGUCUGUGUGUCAGUCACUUGCUCGCCUGAAGUUAAUCAUUCAUGAAUACCAUUUCAUAACAGCAAUAAGGCAUUCCAGGUAGCAAACUUCAGGGUUACAACUGCUCUUGGGUGGAUGAAGUCGCACAGUUUACGGCUUCAUGCCUUAGACUGCCAUGCCAAGAUGCAAUAUUUAACUAUCCUUGACUGCCUGUUGCUUUUUACUGCAGUACUGUAUGUAUGUGUUUCCCCACAUAGUUUGACUGCUUACAUGUACAGCACACAUGUUAAGAAAAAACCCACAAAAGAGGCCAUCUGUACUUGUAAAGAAAACUACCUUGUAGUGUGUUGGCCUUUCUGCACAUUUAAACAAACAUGUUGAACUUUAUUUGAACUGUGACAUAGUUUAGUUGUUAGUUUUGUCAUAGUUUUUGAGAUGUAUUCUUGAUACUUCAAUUGAUUCUGCUUUAGGAGAAUCAUUUAAGAUUUUUACUUUUUUAUAUUAGAGAAAAUUGUAUUGCAGCACAGUUGGCACAGCAACCUUAAAUAACAGAAUGAACCUUUUAUGUGGUAGAAAUGCUGCUGUUGUUCCAGUAAAAAGGGCAUCAUUUGUAAAAUGAGUGACUGGAAGAAUCAUAUCUUACUGAGAAAGAUGAGCCUGAAUUUCUUAUCCAGCUAUCGAUUAGCAAAAGUUUUACUGUCUAUUUUAAUCUCCACCUUCUGUGAAAAAUAAGCAGUAAUUUUCACUAUAACCCUCAGACAAGAACAGAGCAUAAUUACAUCAGACUAGUACACAACCUGAGCUUGGUUUUCAGCCCCGUCUCAGGUUUAACUCCCUGGAAGGGCCGGGGGAACAUUUUACAAGUUUUGAUCUGUUUUGCUGUAGAUGUUGCAAUUCAGUUGAAACACGUGCCUUGCAAGCCUCUAUUAAACGAACAGAAAACUCC